AUGGCUGGAAACUCACCUACAGAUAUGGCUGCACAUGUUGGUGUCUUUCCGGGCGGUGUGAAAUGCAUUCUCCGAGGACGGAAUGGGCAUGACCGGCUAGCCAGAAUAGCUGCAAAGACAAACAAGCACAUGCAAAAAAGAAGACGGAAGGAAAGAAGGAAAGGAGUCCUAUUGGUGGUGCCAGACGAAUGGUCUGUGGCCAACAUUCGCACGGGAGUCAACUCGGCCGUAGUUUCGGUGCUUGGGUCGGGUCGGGCAAGCAGAGGAUACGUGUAUGCACGGAUUAUGAACUGGAUAUGUCAACACAUUGAACAUGUCAAGGUUCAAAUAUUGGCGGGAAUGCUGGUGCCAAUGGCCACGAACAACAUCUGA